AAAUAUUUGUAGGGCAUGUAAGGGAGCGGAAAGGCCACAUAAGAAUGAAGGGUGUUCUGUUUGGAGCUUUGGUUGGACUGCUUUUGGUAACUGUGUGUGACUGUGAAGCCGCUGAAGCUACUGAAGCCGCUAAGGCUGAUGAAGCUGCUGAGGCCCCUGAAGCCGGUAAUUAUUGUAAAAAGAAGACUUCAGAUGGUAUCCCUACCGACGUAAAUGGAAGCUGCAAUUGCUUCUAUAAUGAAGUUGCCUUCUACCCAAAGGACCUAUUCACCGAAUGCCAAAUAGGGGAUGGUGCAGUUAUUUUUCAUGUCAUGGGUAUGCUCUACAUGUUUACAGCUCUGGCGUUGAUCUGUGAUGAGUUCUUUGUACCCGCCUUGGAAGUCAUCAUAGAGGUUACCGAUAUCAGUGACGAUGUCGCCGGUGCAACCUUUAUGGCAGCUGGUGGCAGCGCCCCGGAGUUCUUCACCUCUGUCAUCGGUGUUUUCAUAUCCGAAUCACAAGUUGGUGUUGGAACGAUCAUAGGAUCUGCUGUGUUUAAUGUUCUCUUUGUGAUCGGAAUGUGUGCAGUUUUCAGCAAGGAACUUUUGACCCUUACCUGGUGGCCCCUAUUCAGAGACGUAACUUUCUACUCCAUAGGCCUAGGAAUUCUCAUUGUUUCUUUCCUCGAUCAAAAUAUCUUUUGGUACGAAGCCGUUGUCCUAUUCAGGUUGGUACAUAUGCUACUGCCUUUUCAUGAAAAUCAAUGAACCCAUGGAAAAGUUUGUCAGUGCCCAGAUCGCAAAACUGCCUUGUGUUCAUCAUGAAACGAAAAACGAACAGCCGAAUGAUGGAAACAUUGACCAUUCCCUGAAGACGAUAUUCAAUGAGAAGAGCAAUGGAGGAAAAUCAUGCAACUGCCAAGCGGUUCAACAGGCAUCCUACGAAUCGGUUGAUAAAAAUGGCGAUACUGAAUCCUUGAGGGAGAACGGAAAGGACGAUGCGGCGGUCCUCAUUCCAUGCACCAAUCCAGAAUGCCUGAACAGCAAAGUUACCCAGUUUCCUACACUAGCUCUGUGCGCUAACACGUUAGACCCAGUUGGAAACGUUGACGACUCCAGACAAGGCCAGUCUAGAGAUAUGACCGAUGACCAAGCCACAUUCAAUGAUCGUGUCGGGGAACUUCAGAGGCUUCAAAAGAUAAAGCCAACCCCAAGAUCCAACCGAUCGUUUUCACGCGCUUCCUUGGCAACCCUAAGAGAGCACAGGUUCUCACGUUCUGCUCUCUUCAUCAACUUGCCUCCGGUUAACCACACAUCCAGCGGCUUGAGCGGAAACAAUCUUAAUACCCUCGUGUUAAAAAGGAACACCGAUGGAGAAAGCUUUGCCCGUAUUGCGUGUAUGUAUGGGUGUACGGGAGGAGAAAUGUGCCAGCACAAUAUUCAAGAAAUUCUAGUUGAAGAAGGCGAUGAUAUUAGCAUGACAUCAAGUGACAAGGAGUCAUUGAAGAGUCUCUCAGCGGAUUUGAUGAUUGAUCGAUGCAAACCUUCUGACCAAGACAAAAAGAAUCUCCAGAUUAUUCAAACUCGAUGGGUGUCUGCUGUUGCUAAAGCUCGUAUAAAGAAAGAAAAUCUCCGCGAGAAGGAGCGCGAGAAGAUAAAGCGGGGAAUGUCUGUUAGGCCUGAAGAAGCGGAAGAAAAGGCAGAAGAUGAUGCAGAAAGUGAAGAAGAAGAAAAGGAAGAGCCCUUAGAUCUGUCUUGGCCAGACUCGUGUCGUGCCAGACUCUUUUACAUCGUUCUUGCUCCAAUCCUUUUCCCACUGGCAUUUUCAACUCCAGAUGUUAGGAGAGCUAAAUGGAAGAUGUUCUUCCCAGUGACCUUCAUCAUGUCCAUCCUGUGGAUCGCAGUAUUCUCCUACCUCAUGGUUUGGUGGACUGAGACACUCGGCCGAACUCUGGGCUUGGGAGAGAAACCAGAGAUAAUGGGUCUAACGCUUAUCGCUGCCGGAACCUCUGUUCCCGACUUGAUUACGAGCGUCAUAGUCGCUCGUAAGGGUCUGGGUGACAUGGCUGUCUCCAGCUCUCUGGGAAGUAACCUUUUCGAUAUCUGUGUUGGGCUGCCAAUACCUUGGCUUGUUGCAAUAGCCUGUAAUAAAGAAAUCAAGGUCGACGCGGACGGUAUGUUCUGUUCGGUACUCAUGCUCUUCGCUAUGCUCAUGGCCAUCAUCAUUAUCAUCGCCAUCUCGAAGUGGAAGAUGACAAAGGUUUUGGGACUUUCAAUGUUCUGUUCCUAUUUCGUAUACCUAGCGGUAGCAUUAUCCAUGGGACUAGACGUUAUACCAUGUAUCUUUGACAAAUAAAACCUAAAUAACCCUAAUUCUUUGGGUUAAAAUUUGGUCGACAACACCGAUCUCUUGUAUGAUAGAAGAAUAGAAAUCCAGCAAGUUAUAGGGGGCUGAUAAUUAAGAUUUGCUUGCUGGUGAAAGACAUUCCUUUCUCGGAGAAGGAGAGGUCAAUUUUAAUCAGAUGUCCGUUGGGUCCUUACAAUGUCAAACUUAUCCAUGGGAAACGAUACCUAAGCAAAUACCAAUACGCUAAUACUUUCAUGAUCAUGGCUUCGAUUUAAUGGUACGUCAUACCAUGUGACCUGGUGGAAAGAUAAAAAUCCUUACAUUGGCACAUGUAACAGGAAGGGGGAGUGUUCAUUUGAUCUGGUCGUGAUGAUUGGUGUUGAAAUUUUUUCGGCUAAAACUGAUGUUAGAUAAUUAAGUAGAGAGACAGGCUUUUGAGACGUAUACUCUAGGUAAGGUGAUGCCGAUACCUUGAUUUUUCCGAGGAAACAGUUAAAAAGCCUAUUUCUACUUAUUUAAAUCAUUACAAUCUAUUCAACCUAUUGUGGUCGCAUAUUCGUUUGGUAGCAAAAAUCAUUUUGUACAGUUGCUUCUUAAAAUUAUGAUGGAUAAUAUUAUCUUAAAGUCAUUUUACGCUAGUCUCUUUUACAAGAUAUAUUCAAAAAUUUGUCCAAGUUAUGUAAUUUACGUUUUUUAAUCCAACCACUUUAGUUUAGUGGGAUGUGUAUUUAUAACAAGAAAUUUCUGUGAACAAUUUGUGAAACAUGAAGUAAUUGUGUCUACUCUAUUCAAGGCUAAACAGUGAUGCUAAUAUUAAUAUUUUUUAUCUCUAAAGAAUUGUUAAUAUAUUUCUGUAAAAUAGUCAUAGAUGGCACAUUAACCAGCAUGAGAUAGCGCCUGAAAUGGCAUUUUGUACUUAUAGCUUUAACAGCUAAACAAGUUCCCAUGGUUUGAACGAGAUUAAAUUAUACAAUAUACAUAGGAUUAGGAUGGAUGAAAGAUUCACAAUUUGUCGAUUCAGGACCCUGUAAAAUUAGAGUAUCAUUUUGAUUUAAGUAUAAACUGAGUUGAUAAAUUAACAUAUUUUCCCUUGUUUUCAUCUUGAAGACAAUCCAAAUGGUUAUCUAUCA